UACAUGUCACGAACCAAAAGUGAAAGCUCAAAACAUCUACAUGACCCAGACUUUCUUAGCAAAUCUGCAUCCUUGUUCAAUAAUCGAGAUGUUCGUGCAUUGAAUGUGAAUUUCCAAUCAGCUCAAGCAGGCGACGUUAUUCCUGAUAGAAAUGUUGAAAUUCCACAAGAAUACGUUCUUCCGUCAGUCAACCGUGCUUUGCUCGACAUGCGAGACUUAGAAAUUAGCCAGUUGAGCCAAAAUAAUGACGUUAGAACAUUCAUUAACAAACUGCAAAGAGUCACCAGGAAUGUAGAUGUUGAUAUAGGCACGGGCGAAGCUUUUACUGAUACAUUGGUAGCCCAUUUAUUAUUUCGUGCUAUCAACUUUGAUCAAUGGCCCAUGAUAGUUGAAUUACAUCCAAUGCUCAAAUUUUCCGUCGGCCAAUCAGUUUUUUCAGCAAAAGUCGGUUUUGUAAUCAAUUCUAAACAUUUUAAACAAUAUUCUAUGUUGGUCGUUGAGGAUAAACAUCUAGCUAACGUUAGGCCAACCUAUGGUUAUGGGGAACCCCAAAUAGUUGCUGAAAUGCUUGCUUGUGGGGAUGAAAAUAUACGUGAAGCCCAUAUGGCUUAUGAUAUGAUCAUAUUUGUAGUUCGUGUAGUUUCUACUUACGUCACAUUUUAUCGUGCUUCAAUCCAGAAAGAUUAUUGGGAUGAACUAAGUUUAGGUUGUCCACAAAAGCAUUCAAUUACAAUUUUCAGAUGGCCAGGGAAUAAUAGUGAUCCAUUUCUUGGUUUUGAUCUUGCAGAAUCAAACGGGCGAAAAGAUGUUUUAGAAGCGUUAUGCAAGAUUCGUCAAUACAUCAUGGAAUAG